GGAGGGAAGGAUCACAAAAUCCCUCUCCCAACCUCUUAAUUUCCUCGUCAAUACUGGAACUCUGUCAUCUCAUUAGCUCCUGUCAACAGCAAAACAUGAACAUCAGAUCUGCCAUGUAUAGGCCUACACUUUCGUUGUUUUUCUUGCUUCUUGCAUCAUCGGCGUCGUCCUUUGACAUCAACAGCAUCCUCAGCCAAUUUUCAGACUUCAGUGUCUUCAAUGGCUACCUCUCGCAGACCAACCUUGUGUUCGCGAUCAAUAGCCGAAGCACCAUCACCAUCCUUGCCGUGAGCAAUGAUGGCAUGUCUGCCCUCUCUGGGCUACCUCUAGAUGCCAUCCAGAGGGUUCUCAGCCUGCAUGUCAUCCUGGAUUACUAUGACGAACAAAAACUUCACCACCUUUCCCACAAGACCACCCAUCUCACUACCCUUUUCCAGACCACCGGCACUGCUACCGGCGAGGAAGGCUUCCUGAAUGUCACCGUCCUGAGCUCGGGCACGAUUGCCUUUGGCUCCGCUAUGCAAGGUGCGAGCCUGAGCGCCAACCUGGUGAAAUCCAUUGCAUCACAGCCGUAUGACGUAUCAGUCCUACAGAUCAGCAGCGUCAUCUUCCCGCCUGGUUUCAACGACGGCUCCUCCUCCAUACCGCCGGUGAACAUCACCUCCGCUCUGGUGAACUCGGGCUUCAGGGCAUUUGCGGAGUUGUUGCAGUCCACGGGAGCGAUUCAGACAUUCCAGAACUCAGCCAAGAGCGGGGUAACCAUUUUUGCGCCAAAGGAUCAAGCCAUCACAAAGUUGACAACUAACCUUACAUCCGAUCAGAAGGUAUCCCUCGCGUUGUACCACGCUGUUGCUGGCUACCUUCCAUCUCAGUACUUGAAAAAAGUGGCUGCACCUUUGGGUACGCUAGCUUCCAAUGGCAACUCAAACUUUCAACUGAAAGUUCAGCCCAACGGUGAAAAUGUCGCUCUCGACACUGGCGUCAAUACCGUCUCCAUUGUUAAAACCGUUUUAGACCAACAACAAGUGGUGCUGUACUCGAUAGACAAUGCCCUCAAGGCACCGGAGAUCUUCUCGCCCGGAACCCAUUUGGCGUUCCCACCGUUGACGCCGCCGGCUGCCGCUACACCUUCGCCAGACCCAUUUGCAGUAAGCCCACCAGCCCCACCUUCCGAUGACGCCGAGUCACCCGCUCCUAGCGAUAUUGCUCCGGAUGCGUCUUCCCCAGCUGAUGGUCCGGUUGCCGACGCUUCGGCUUCCGCCCCCGCUGCGGAAGUGCCACCACCAUCCUCUCUAAAUGACAAAGAGAAAGACACAUCAUCUGCAGCACGCUUGGCCUACAGCUUUUGCCUUGGUGUUACCUUGGGCAUGCUCUACCUUUGAUUGAUUUAUGGUUAGUUAACUGUUGUUCUAAAAUCGAAACCUCUUUGAGGAUUGUUGGCAGUUGUUUAAUUGAGGUUCGCAGUUAUGGAAAUGAUUCCUUGUUUU